AUGAAUAUCGGGGUCGGUGUGGGCGAUUUUAUUAAAAUCCUAGAGCUUGUUAUUCAAGCCAGGAAAAGAUUUGUGGAUGCUCCUCGCCAGUAUGAUGCAAUAUCAAAAGAUCUCAGAAACUUUUCGAACGUCGUCCAAGAUAUUGACGUCCUUUUAUCGGGGUGGGAACCUGAGAUCAAGCAGCAAGAAAGUUUGAAAAGUAUCAGUGACGACUCCAUUUGUCUUUUGCAUGAUCUUCUCGCAAGACUUGACAAGUAUCGAGAACUUGGAUCUAGCAGUACGAGUAUGGCCCAGUGUGCGAAGAAAGCCUGGAAAAGAUUAAACUGGGAUCAGGACGACGUUCAAGAUUUCCGAGGACGGUUGUCGUUAAACCUUGAAUUGCUCAAUGGAAUUGAGAGACAGCUAUAUAGUCAAAGAUCCUGCAGGAUUGAACAGGACAUUCAUCAUCUCACCGAGCGAUUCAAUCAACAGGAGCGAUAUGAAAUCUUGAAUUGGAUUGGAACUGUUGACCAUGGCUCACAUCAAAAGCAUUUUAUUUGA